CACCACCACCACCACCGUCUUCGAUUCAUCGUUCCUCGACCCUGAGAUCUCACAAAGUUUCCCACUUUGACGCACCCCAUUUGCUCCUCUCGCUCGCCGUAAAUUCCAGGCCCCGAUUCCCGCGCCGCCGUGCGAAAUGGGCCAGGUCCCCUCCUCCGCCUCCACCUCCCCGGAGCCGAGCCACCGCGGGAUCUCGUCCAGCCAGCGCCUCGACUCCCUCCCCUCGCUGGAGGAGCUCAUCCCCUCCUUCGACGAGGACGAGGAGGAGGGCGAGGAGGGCGGCGGCGGCGGCGGCGGCGGCGGGGGGUACGACUACACCGGCGACCUGCCCGACGAGUGCCUGGCGCACGUCUUCCACUUCCUCGGCACCGGGGACCGGAAGCGGUGCUCCGCCGUGUGCCGGCGGUGGCUCCGCGUCGACGGGGAGAGCCGGCACCGGCUCUCGCUCAACGCGCGGGCCGAGCUGCUCCCCUCCCUCCCCUCCGUCUUCGCCCGCUUCGACGCCGUCGCGAAGCUCGCGCUCCGGUGCGACCGCAAGUCCAUCAGCCUCGGCGACGAGGCGCUCGUCCUCAUCUCCUUCAAGUGCCGGAGCCUCACCCGGCUCAAGCUCCGCGGCUGCCGCGAGCUCACCGAUCUCGGGGUCGCGGCCUUCGCCGAGAACUGCACCCGGCUGAGGAAGCUCUCCUGCGGCUCCUGCUCGUUCGGCGCCAGAGCCAUCAAUGCGGUGCUCGAUCACUGCGUGAACCUGGAGGAGCUGUCCAUUAAGCGGCUCAGGGGGAUCCACGACGGGGCCGAGCCGAUCGGGCCGGGAGCGGCGGCGAAGUCGUUGAGAUCCAUUUGCUUGAAGGAGCUCAUCAAUGGUCAGUGCUUCGCUCCCCUCCUAGUUGGAGCGAGAAAGCUCUCGACUUUGAAGUUAAUUCGCUGUUUGGGCGAUUGGGAUAACGUUCUCCAAACAAUUGGGGGGUCAAAUCCAGGUUUAUUAGAAGUUCAUCUGGAGAGAAUUCAGGUGAGCGACUGUGGUCUUUCUGGGAUUGCAAAUUGCAAGGGUAUCGAGACCCUGCAUGUCGUGAAGGUCCCCGAGUGUUCGAAUUUAGGGCUUUCCAGCAUUGCGGAGAAUUGCAGGCAAUUGAGGAAGCUCCACAUUGAUGGGUGGAGAAUAAACAGGAUAGGCGACGAGGGUCUCGUCGAGGUCGCCAAGCAGUGCCUUCAGUUGCAGGAGCUAGUCCUGAUUGGCGUCGGCGUGACGCAUUCGAGCUUGGGCUUGAUCGGUUCCAAUUGCAGGAAAUUGGAAAGGCUAGCCUUCUGUGGGAGCAACACGGUUAGGGACGCGGAGAUUGCGUGCAUCGCCGCAAAGUGCGAAGCCUUGAAGAAGCUUUGCAUCAAGAAUUUCCCUGUUUCUGAUGUCGGGAUCGAAUCCCUUUCUCAGGGGUGUCCCAAUCUGGUGAAGAUUAAGGUGAAGUGCAGAGGAAUGAGUGGGCAAGUCGUGGAGCUGUUGAAGGAGCGGAGAGGGUCGUUGGUCUUCAAUUUGGAUGCUUGCGAAAUUGAAGCCGUAGACGAUAUCGGAGUCCAAGAAAGCGCGGUAGAGUUUCCUCCCGCGAAUGCUUCCGAUGUGCCAUCGGGUAGCAAUGAGAGGUCCAUGUUGUAUAGGGCAAAACUAGGUCUUUUCGCGGGUAGGAAUUUAGUGGCUUGCACCUUCAGGAGGUGGUCGAACGGUGAAAAUAGUUCCAAUGGAAAAUCGUGAUUGCUAAAUGUUGUAAGUGCUGCAAUUUGUUUUGUUGAGAUUUCGUUAUGUUUUGACCUUCCUUAGACAAUUCUUGUCCUCAAUGUUGUACCUAAUCAUCGUUCUUUUGCCUUGUGCAACUUUUCUUGCAAAUGAAACUUGAGUUCUUUUA